AUGACUCGUACUUUCCUUCGGUUAUUCUUGUUGGGAAAUGUUUUGGUUUUGGCAGCCGGUUUUCUAUUUUCGAAAAAGCUUCAAGCACCCGUUGUCUAUGAGAUGAAACAAAAGUUACUUACAAUUGGCACUUCUUCAUACGCAAUCAAAAACAAAGCAGGCACGCCGGUCUACAAGGUCGGAUUCAAAACAAUUGGUCUCGGCAAACAUUUACAGUUGACCGAUGCAAAUACAGGCAAAGAAUAUUAUGCGAUCAAACACGUUCUCAACCCGCUCGGACUCGCCAAAUAUGAAAUUCGUCAAAACGAUCAUGUUAUUGCUGACGUCAAACGUAAAGUGAAAUGGACUGGACUUGGCACCAAAUUCUCGGUUACAUCAAAAUUAGGCACGUUCAAAAUCUCAGGAAACUUUCGUGCACAAGAUUUCAAGAUAAAGAAAGAUGGUCAAUUGGUUGCAACAGUUUCAAAGAAGUUCUUCUCCUUUCAUGACAAGUACGGUGUCAAAAUUGAACGAGAUCAAGAUGCGCCAUUUAUUCUGUGCUUAGUCGUCGUACUGGAUGAAGUUACUCAUGAUUAG